CCGUGAGAUCGCCAGUCCCCGGAGCACCGGCCAUAUCAUCGCCUGCGCCGCUAAUCCAUAACCUUCGCGAUUAAUCACAAAAGCCAGAAAACAGGAAUCCUAAACUGUUAAACUCUAAAGUACAGUAUAAAAAUAAAUGAUAAUACAAACGCCUGUGAUCAAGACUCUCCUCAGACAGCUUAAGAAAUUAGGUCGCCCGGUUGUAGCAGUGGGAUAUUUUUAUUGUGCGGUGCAGACGUACGAACAUGCUGCCUCACUAACCGUAAAUUUCAUUCCAUACUAGAUUAUGUAAGUUCUAACAACUCGGGGAUGUCGUAUGUGUUAAUGGUGGCAUUUAUGUGAAAUUUUGUAUUUGUUAGUGCAUUUGGAAAGUGAAUUGUGAAAUAUCUACACCGUGGUGAAUUGUGGAAAUGCAUCAUUUGUAUCCCUUGGCGAAGGGAGAUGCUCUGUGCCCUUUGGGAUUCCAUCCUCAAGUAAGGUGGCCCACGCGCUGCAAAAGAUGCUUUAGAGAUUACAAAGAACACGGUGGUCGGAAGAGGGAUGAUGAUUUCACUGCAUCCACCCCCAGUCUCUCUUACUCGCCAGCGUCACGAGGCCGUGAUGAAGAUAAUGGAACAGAGACAGAGAGAACGGGCCGAGGUUGGUCUUCGAGCGUUAACCUCAGUUACAACGAACCUGCUAAGAAGGACACUUCGACGGGGUCAAGCAAACCUGCAUUGUGGACAUCCACGCCUGACUUAGCAAACGAAGCAGAGACUGCAACAGCUGUCACUGUUAACCUUAAACUGCCCAAGCGAAGGUCCACGGGACCACUACCUUCGUUGGACACAGGACAAGGAAACGCUACGCAAAUAUAUGAAUCAGUAACUGUACGCCGACCAUCGCCAUCACCCUCACCGGCUCCGGUGGCACCGGCCACUCAGAUCACAAUCAACAAAAAUGACUCACUGGCAGAACGUGUGAGAAAGAUGCAGUUAAUGAAAGCACAAAAUAGUUUCGAAAAAGAAUCGAGUACGGAAAAGGAGCGCGAAAGAAGAAGUGCUUCAAGAAGUAAAGAAGAAGAAAGGAGUGCUCGGGCUAAAGAAGAAAAAGCAACUGUUAAAGAUGAUGUUAAUUUUAUGAUGCAGGUUAAAAGUAGUCGCAAUGCACUUUCAAAACCGCCAAAACGUGGUGGACCAACUCGUGAAAAAGAAGAAACAUCCGAUGACGAACAUAGUCUCACUGGUACAGCCACAACAGAUACAGAAACAACACUAAUUGAUGCUAAUGUUAAGGAAUAUCAGGACCAAAUUGAGAGCCUAAAACAGGAGUUAGACCUUCUUAAGAAACGUUGUGAGCGAGUUGAAAAAGAAAAAAGUGACAUCCUACUUAGAAGGUUAGCAAACAUCGACACGGUUAAUAAAUAUUCUAUUGGGCGAUCUUCAGAAGUUUUGAAGCUACAACAAAAGGUCAAUGACCUAACAACUCAGAACGAGGAUUUGAAAGACGAGAAGAUACAUUUGUCACUUAGGAUUAAAGAAGUUGAGACGGAACUUGAGUCAAGACCAUCAGCUGAGGCACAGACACGGCAAAUCGAACAGUUAAGGGCGAAAUUGAUUGCCGCAGAAACAUUAUGUGAGGAACUUAUGGACGAAAACGAAGAUAUGAAGAAAGAACUCCGGGAUCUUGAGGAAGAAAUUGAAGAGAUGCAAGACAAUUUUAGGGAGGACCAAGCAGACGAAUAUACCUCACUUAGACGUGAGUUGGAGCAAACGAUUAAGAAUUGCAGAGUAUUAUCAUUCAAAUUAAAGAAAACAGAAAGAAGAAAUGAACAAUUGGAACAAGAGAAAGUUGAUCAGGAGAAAAAAUUAUUAGAGAUUGUCGGCGGUAAAGAUGGCUUACAACGUGAAAACCGUAUCAAAGAGCUGGAACAGGAAGUGUCGCGUUCCAACGAAGUAGCCUUAAGGCUUCAGCGGGAAUUAGCUGAAGCGAACACCAAACUCGUGGCUGCCUCGGGCGCUCCACCAGCCAACCUCAAAAAACAACCUGUUAGUGAUGGGCAAAAAGUGUCUCGGUCAUCCUUAACCCGAGGAGGCAGUCAAGACGACCCCGCUCAAUUAUUACGCGAUCUACAAGACUCACUCGAAAGAGAGGCCGAUUUGAGAGAGCAAUUACGCAACGCAGAGGAAGAGGCAAAUAACUUACGUAAAACCGCGUCAAGAGUUGAGGACGACAAUGAAUCAUUGCUACUACAAUUGAAGAAAAUGGCUACCAAAGCCAGAAGUCGUAAAUUAUCACCAACAGCCCCAACAAACAGACUUGCAAUUGAAGCCCCCAACGAGAAAGAUGAAGGUAUAUCGGAUGAAGAAGAUCCAGCAGAGUUACGUCUCUUGCUUGAACUUAAUGAACAGGAAGCCGCAGUAUUACGCAAAAAAGUAGAAGAUUUGGAAUUAAACAAGGAAUCGUUGAAAAAACAAGUUAAAGAGCUAACGGAAAAAAUCUCAAAUGCCGCGACAAAAACAAAUGCCAACACCGGUGCUGCAUUACGCCGAACAACGAAUAAAGGCAAUUUAGCGGAAGAAAAAGUUAAAGUACUAGAAGAUGAAAUCGCUGAACUUAGAAAGAAACUUAUCGAAAAAGAAAGGGACUGUGAAAGAUUACAUGCGGAGUUGAGUCUUGCUCAGAAAAAACCUAAGGCAUCAUUAAAUAAGAGCAAGUCACUGGAUGGAGAACAACAAAACGUCGAUCUUAAACGACAACUGCAAGUUAUCGAGCAAGAGGCAAGCGUAUUAAGAACUAAAACGCAGAACCUCGAGGCCGAUAACGAGAAACUGCAAACAGAGAAUAAAAGACUGCAGUUGCUUAAAGGAGCAAAGUCCUUGAAAACAGAUAAGUCGCUAGAAGUAACAACAACAAAAGUCACUCAACUUGAAACGGAACUGAGGGAAGCUCUAGCAAAAAUAAAAGAUCUCGAAACGACAAAGGAUGAAAAAUCUGAAAAGAAAGUACGAUUUAGCAGUGAAGUCUCUAAAAAGGAAACUGAGAAUCUUAAAUUGAAACAAGAAGAACUAGACAAAUUAAAAUUAAGUUACAAUAAGCUUGAUAAAGAAAAAGUCAAACUCCAAACGAUACUUAAGCAGUUAAAGGAAGAUUCAAUUAAGACUUUCAAACCAAGAACACCGAAAAAAGUGACCGAUUUAACAACGAAACUACAGUUGAAAAGAAUGGUUGAUGACUUGGAAAGUGAAAUAGGUGAACUAUACGUAAUCAUGAAAAAUGCUGGAUUAUCAGAAUCACUAGAUAAUAAUAAAAACACAGCAAAAAAUAUAGAAGAAAUAAAAGAAAAAUUAUCAAAAAAAGAAGCAGAGUUUACGAAUGAAAAGAAUCGUUUGCAAAACGAAAUAAGCAAAUUAAAAGAUCUCAAUCUUAAAAUUGAAACUGAGAAGAAAUCGUUUGCAGAAAAAGUUAAAAACCUUGAGUCUGAAUAUAAAACCACAUUCGCUGAAUGUAAAUCUUUGAAGGACGAAAAGAAAAAUUUGGAUACACAGAUCGCAAAAUUGACUGCGGAAAUGAAAAAGAAUAACUCCCAACAAACUGCGGUUUCCGACUGUAUGAAGAAAAUAGAAGAGUUGAAAAAGGAAUUAGACGUUAAAGAUAAAGAAAUAGAUAAAUUGAAAAAACAUGCCGAAAAUUUAUCUAAAGUGGAACAAGAUAAAAAUAAGUUAUUAAAAGAGGUCGGUGACAAAACCAAAAAGCUAGCUGAAUUGGAGAAGAAAUUAAAAGAUUCUGAAGAUAAAUGCAAAAGAACUGAAAAGCUAUUGGCUACUCGCAAAGAUCGUGUUAGUAAAUUGGAAAAAGAGCUCUCAGAAGAUAAGGAUCUCAUAGAAGAAUUAAAAGAUUCAAAAAGACGACUCUCAUUUGAAUUAACAGGCGAUAAAGAUGAAAUGCAAACGAAACUUUUUAAAUCUGAAAGCAAGCUUGUGACUUUAGAAACCGAAAUGAAGGAAUUAAAAGCAGAUUAUGAAAAUAAAAUUACUAAUUUAGAAUCAACUAUAGCCGCCAAAGAUAUUCACAUUAAACAACUGGAAGACGCCUUACGUGACACAUCUAAUCAGAAAUACGACGAGGCAGUUUCAUCUGUUGAACUGGCGCAAAUGCAAGAUAAAUAUGAAAAAGCCGCUAGUCGAUUGAAAGAAAAGGAAGAAGAAUUAAAAGCAACUAAAGAAGAUUUAUCCAAAGUUGAGAAAGAGUUGAGUGCAUUGAAAACCGAAAUUGUUCAGGUUAAAUCUAAAAUUAGUAAAACGGAGAAUGAUAAAAAAGAUCUUGAAGAUAAAUUGAAAUCGGAACAAAAGGACUCGAAAUAUUGGGAAAGCAAGGCGUCCGAAAUUGACACUGACUUACAGGCUGAAAGGAAGAAAGUUGAAAGAAUGAGAUUAUCUCAUGACAAAGAUACGAAGAACAAGGAAGCGGAACUGGCAACACUUAAAGGAAAAUUAAAAUUGCUAGAGCAGUCUUCAGGAGCAGGUGCAAAAAGAAUAGCAGAACUUAAACAAGAACACGAGGACGCUGUCAAAAAAUUGGCACAUAAUCUAGCGGUAGAAAAGGCUGAGUACGAAGAAUUGACCGUUAAAUAUGAACUUUUAGAAGAAGAACACGUAGUAACAAAAGCUAGAUUGACCGUUGAGAAGGAACAAGCUCAAGGAGACCUAGUACAUCUACAAAAAGAGUUAAAUGAGACGCUUGCUGAGCUCAAGUCCUUGAAAGAAAGUUGCGCCACACAAACAUCGACUUGGAAUAAUGAAAGAGCAGAACUACAAAGAGAAAUAUCAUCUCUCCAAGAGCGUUUAUGUGGAGGCGGCUGGGAAGUUGAGAAAGCACGGCUCAAUACGAAAUUAGAAAAGUUACAACGUGAGCUACGAGAGUCAGUUCAAAACCAUGAAGCAGUCGUACAUCAUCAUGACCUCGUUAAAAAAGAGCUGGACGAGGCAAAACGAAAACUAGAGGAUUAUGAGAAAGUAAGUAAAGUGCAAAGAACUCUGACAGCUGAUAAUGCAGAAUUAGAAAGAGAAAUGUCAACGCUCAAUAGCAGACUUGAACAGAUGGAAAAGGCAAGAAAGAAUGAAAUUUCGGAAACUAAGAUGAGGUAUGAAGAACAAAUGAACACAAUGCGUGAGGAACUCAAAUCUCUACAUAAUCAGGUAUCAAGAUUCAAACGGGAAAGAGAUAAUUACAAACAAAUGUUAGAUUCUGCUCAGAAAGCGAUGUCAGACAUGAAGAAUGGAAAUAAAUCAAAAACACCGCGCAAUUCUAUAUCAAGCACAGAUGAUGAGGAAUUCCGCAACAAAGUGGCGACAUUGGAACAACAAGUGGCGUGUUUAGAAGACGAGCUAUGUGAGGCGAGACUGCUCUCUUCAAAACUAAAUACCGAAUUGAUCAGUGAACGAUCUUCCGCGGAAGUGCGUUUAGCUGAGAUGCAAUCACGUCUUAAUGAGUACGAAGAAGAUAGGCUACUAUCAUCCGGGCGUGCCCGGGUGGCAGGAAUGGCUACUCGUAUGGAGCUGGCCUGGCACAAGGAGAGAGAUGAACAACAGAGACUACUGCAGGAGACUUCUACACUUGCCCGAGAUUUGCGACAAACUCUGUUUGAGCUUGAGCGAGAGAGAGAGAAAGAGAGACUAGAUAUGAAGAGGAGAAUCGAUCAGAUCAAACGAACCACAGAAGAAGAGACUGAAGAAGCUAAGAAAAAGGUAGCAGAAUUGCAGUGCGAUUUAUUAGACCUCAGGGAUGCGCACGCAAAGCUACGUACGGCCAAUGAAAAAUUGCGAAGAGAUAAAGAGAGACAUGACAGAGAUCGGGACCAAAAUAAACUGCUUGUGGGGUCACUUAAACGGGCACAGCAGGAAGAUGACCGUGUGGUGACACAACUUUUGGAAACAAUAGAUGAGCUGAUCAAACAGAGUCCGGAUUUGUUCAAAACUGAAACACCUAUCAGACCAGAGAAGAGUCUAGCAACACCAACGCCACCUAGACGUAACAGGUCAUCAAAGUCGAGAUCCCGUUCUGCAACUCCGGAGCAAUCAGCGGCUGUAACCAAUGGAUCGACAGGUGUGCGUCUGCGCAUGCUGGCUGACGAGCUACGUGCCUCACGCAUCGCAGAACGACAAAGAAGACAAACCACCUCGAGACGUGCUAUGUCGACGGAGCCGCGAGAGACUAUGACGGUUACGGCAUCGAGAACUCCCUCGCGAGUACCCUCACUGAAGAAACGGUCUAUUUCAUUAGAACAAACGACUAAAGAACAGUCUUCUAUAUGGAAAUCGGUGGACGAUAGCAGCGUAUCUUCGAUGCAGUCGUUGGACGGCGAUGACAGACUAUUUACUAUGCAACGCGAUACUAGUUUGGACAGUCGUCUGUCGGGUGGCUCAGCCCAGAGUGAGAUUCUUCCGUCAGAAAAGAAGAAGAAAAAGAGUAUAUUUGGCAAAUUGAAGAAGCUCACUAAAUCUCGCUCUAUCGACGAUCAUGUGGAGGAGGUGGAAUUCAGACCGAUAGGAAAUGUCUCACAGCAAGGUUCCGAUUCCGAUAUGAGUGCGACGGGAAGCAAGCAGAACUUGCGCGGAAGAAUUUCCGAUAUGUUUAGUAGGAAACAAACGCGUGGAAACAGCAAGGAACAAAGUCCUGACACAGGUUCCACAAGCGGCUCUCGCUCCAUUCUACGCAACGCUAGCUCAUCCACGCUGCCUCGAUCAACAGCCGCGAGCGACAUGCGAGCAUCGAGCGCAACGCCCGGUACGAAGAGGAAAGGAAAAUAACUAAACGAUUUUAUUUAGCUUCAUUAUAUUUAUCCACCCUAUUCCACAUAGCUGUAAUAUCACAUACAUAUCAAGAUUGGAGAUCCAUUAUCUUACGGACUAUCAACUAAAAACAUCUGAACGUCGUUUGUGACCCUUUGUUUUGUAUUUACCUAUUUAUAAAUAAAUGUUGAUUGAAAAAAGUGGUUUUAUUAAAAUCAAAUCAUUCUUAUAAA